GAUAAGCCUCGAGUGCCAGGAACUGGCGCUCUGUCCUAUAUGCAGUGGGAUUCGAGCAAGGGAAUCUCACGGUGGAAGUGCCGUAAGAGGAGCCAACGUUUUCUAGCGAUGUUAGCCCAUGCAAUAGGGUAAGAGCAGCAGUUGAAGUGUGGAAAGGAAGAGGCAAAACCAUAAUUCACAGUGGAUGUGAUCGACUAUAUAAAUGAAUCAAUAAAUUGACUAGCCCGGGAUUAGAAAAUGAGAAAGUUUGACAUGGAGGGGAGAGUACGAGAAACAUAAACACAUACAAAAGCUAUUCCUUUGCUUUAUGCAGUGUUUUAACAACAGGUUAGAAGAUAAAAUGCAAAAAAUCCCGCAUGUGAUCAGUAGCAACAAAAAAUGAGCAUGUCAAGCCUGUAGAGUUCUAUAAAAUUAUAAAACCUCACUGGACAUAAAAGUGGACCAAAUAAGCUGAAACAUGGCAUCCCGUGAAAAGAUGGAUGUAUAAGAACUUUGAAACUUGCAAAGUCUAUGGUGGAGGAAACAUUGGUAGCAUGUGGCACCUGGACCUGGAUGAUCUGUGGAGGCCAACUGAAAUUGGCGGCUGUGACCCCCCCACCUCAGGGUCCGUGACUCACCAAAAGUGACUCGCAGAACUCAGGUGUCCUCCUAUGCAAGGUUACAGCUUCUCCCAGUGAAAAGGUCAUGAAAGGAAGAGGUGCACCGGGCACAGAGUGGGUGAGACCGGCGGUGGGCAGGCUCCCCACUGCCCGGUGCGGUCACGGGACAGUGUUGGACUGAAAGUCGCAGCAGCAGCACGUGAACACAUACAAAGUGUUUCCAGCCAGGGAAACUCGCUGAGGCUUGGUGUCCCGGGUCACACAGGCAGGUAGCACCGGCACAGCUCACUUUAGGUGUGAGAGUCCCAGGGCUGCCGAAACAAGGUGGCCUGGACAACAGGGACGGUCCCUGUCACAAUCUGGAGGCUGGAAGCCGAGGUCAAGGUAGCAGGAGGUUUGGUUUCUUCUGAGCUGGUGAUGGAGAAUCUGUUUCAUGGUUCUCUCCUGGCUUCUGGGGCUUGAUGGAUGUCUAGCAUUUCUUGGCUUAUGGAAGUGUCACCAGAUCUCUGCCAUCACGUCCACAUGGCAUUCUCCCUGUGUGCAUGCCUUUGUCUAAAUUUCCCCUUUUUAAGAAGACACCAGUCAUUGGAUUCAGGGCCAUCACUAAUGACUUCAUCUUAAUUUGGUCAUCUCUGAAGACCCUAUUUCCAAAUAAAUCACACAAGUACUGGGGGUUAAAACUUCAUCUUUUGGGGGGACACAGCUCAGCCCAAAACACUGAGUUUCCAGCCCCUCAAGAGGUCAAGGUGAUAUCACGUGGCCCAAAGUCACCAUGAACUUUCUGGGUGACCCAAGUCCCCAGGCAGGUCAAGGUCAAGCUGUUCUCAAGCAACAGUCCAAGAGUUUAGAGGUUUCCUCCCAGGAGGUGGCCAAGGGCAACAGUACUUUCUCUGAGAUGUGCAGUGUUUGGACAGCUCGUCUCAGUUCACUGUUUGCUGCAUGACAACAUGAGCUGAAGUGGAGACGCAGAGGGAGGGGGCUGUGUGGGGAAGAAAAGGAAGAAAGUGCCCUCUGGGCAGCUAGAGACAUGAGGAAGCAAGGGGUCGACCCUUUGCUCUAUGAGUCGGCACACCCACGAAUCAAGUCAAAAGUGUGGAGUUCCCACCUGGAUCUCGCCCUUGGCCAUGAGCUCCGUGACAGACUGUGGUCUACAGCCCGGCUGGAAGACAGCCGGCCGGAUCGUGGGUGGCGUGGAAGCAUCCCCGGGAGAGUUCCCGUGGCAAGUCAGCCUUCGAGAAAACAAGGAACACUUCUGUGGGGCCGCUGUCAUCGGGGCCAGGUGGCUGGUGUCCGCGGCCCACUGCUUCAACGGAUUCCAAGACCCGGCGGAGUGGGUGGCCUACGCAGGCACGACCCACCUCAGUGGCGCAGAGGCCAGCACGGUGCGGGUGCGCGUGGCCCGCAUCACCCCGCACCCCCUGUACAACCCGGACACGGCCGACUUCGACGUGGCGGUGCUGGAGCUGGACGGCCCGCUGGCCUUCGGCAGGCACGUCCAGCCCGUGUGCCUGCCUGCCGCCACGCACGUCUUCCCGCCGCGGAGGAAGUGCCUCAUCUCCGGCUGGGGCUACCUCAAGGAGGACUUCCUGGUCAAGCCAGAAACGCUGCAGAAAGCCACAGUGGAGCUGCUGGACCAGGGCCUGUGUGCCAGCCUGUACGGCCACUCGCUCACCGACAGGAUGCUGUGUGCCGGCUACCUGGACGGGAAGGUGGAUUCCUGCCAGGGCGACUCGGGAGGCCCCCUAGUCUGCGAGGAGCCCUCUGGCAGGUUCUUCCUGGCCGGCAUCGUGAGCUGGGGAAUAGGUUGUGCGGAAGCCCGACGCCCCGGCGUCUAUGCCCGAGUGACCAGGCUGCGCGACUGGAUCCUGGAGGCCAUCACCACGGCGGGCCGGCCUCUGGCCCCCACGGCGGCUCCCGCCUCCACCACCGCCAGCACUGCCCGGCCCACCAGUCCUGAGAGCCCCACCAGGCCCACUCUGGGCCUCAGCGCCGCGCCUCCCGACUCAGUCACCGCCUCUAAGCCACAAGAGUGCGGGGCCAGGCCCGCCAUGGAGAAGCCCACUCGGAUCGUGGGCGGGCUGGGAGCCGUGUCCGGGGAAGUGCCCUGGCAGGUCAGCCUGAAGGAAGGUUCCCGGCACUUCUGUGGCGCCACCGUGGUGGGGGACCGCUGGCUGCUGUCGGCCGCCCACUGCUUCAACCACACGAAGGUGGAGCUGGUGCGGGCCCACCUGGGCACCGCGUCCCUCACGGGCGUCGGCGGAAACCCAGUGAAGAUGGGGCUCAAGCGGGCGGUGCUCCACCCCCAGUACAACCCCGGCAUCCUGGACUUCGAUGUGGCCGUGCUGGAGCUGGCCGGGCCCCUGGGCUUCAACAAGUACAUCCAGCCUGUCUGCCUGCCCCUGGCUAUCCAGAAGUUCCCCGUGGGCCGGAAGUGCAUGAUCUCCGGCUGGGGUAACACACAGGAGGGAAACGCCACCAAGCCUGACAUUCUGCAGAGAGCGUCUGUGGGCAUCAUAGACCAGAAGGCGUGCAGCGCACUCUACAACUCCUCCCUCACGGACAGGAUGCUCUGCGCCGGCUUCCUGGAGGGCAAAGUGGACUCCUGCCAGGGCGACUCCGGGGGACCCCUGGCCUGCGAGGAGGCCCCCGGUGUGUUUUACCUGGCGGGGAUUGUGAGCUGGGGGGUCGGCUGCGCUCAGGCCCGGAGACCUGGCGUGUACGCUCGAAUCACCAGGCUGAAGGGCUGGAUCCUGGACACCAUGUCCUCCGGCCUCCUCCCCACCGCGAGGACCCCCGCCACCAGGCAGUCCUCUGGGACGGCAGCUGCCUUCACAGUCCCGGGAGUCCCGGCCAGCACAGCCACCCCCUCGGCCACCAGCAGGGCAACCAGCCAGCCCGCCAACAUGACUGCGGCCACCGUAAGCGCCACUGCUGGGGGACAGACACCCCUCCCAGACGCCCCGAGGACCACCGUGGGCUUCCAGCCACCAGACUGUGGCCUGGCACCGGUGGCGGCGAUGACCAGGAUCGUGGGUGGCAGCGCCGCGGCCCGCGGGGAGUGGCCGUGGCAGGUGAGCCUGUGGCUGCGGCGCCGGGAGCACCGCUGCGGGGCCGUCCUGGUGGCCGAGAGGUGGCUGCUGUCGGCGGCGCACUGCUUCGAUGUCUACGGGGACCCCAAGCAGUGGGCGGCCUUCCUGGGCACGCCGUUCCUGAGUGGCGCCGAGGGGCAGCUGGAGCGGGUGGCGCGCAUCUACAAACACCCCUUCUACAACCUCUACACGCUCGACUACGACGUGGCGCUGCUCGAGCUGGCGGGGCCCGUGCGCCGCGGCCGCCUGGUGCGGCCCAUCUGCCUGCCCGAGCCCACGCCGCGGCCCCCCGACGGCGCGCGCUGCGUCAUCACCGGCUGGGGCUCGGUGCGCGAGGGAGGCUCGAUGGCGCGGCAGCUGCAGAAGGCGGCCGUGCGCCUCCUCAGCGAGCAGACGUGCCGCCGCUUCUACCCGGUGCAGAUCAGCAGUCGCAUGCUGUGCGCCGGCUUCCCGCAGGGCGGCGUGGACAGCUGUUCGGUGAGCGCACUCUGCAGCGGAAGCGGGCGCUUCUCGGGACCCAGGUCCCACGCGCAGAGGGCAAGGGGGGGGGCGUGGCGGGGCGAAGUCGUCACCGCUGCAAGACCCUCCGGCGCCGCCCUCUCAAGCCCACCAAGCAGGGCACCUUUUCUGACCCUGGAGGAAUUUUCACUCGACCACCGUUUAUUGGGCAUCCAUUAUGAGCCGGUUUCGGCGCCUCGGCAUCCCCCGCCCCCCUCCCCGGCCCGGCACCGGCGGGAUGGGGACGUGGGCUGGGCAGUGACUGCCGCGUGA